CUUAAAAGAGGCAACUCCAUUGGAUCGCAUUACUCAUCCAAGCUUGUUGUUUGUGUUCUUCUUUACUUUCUCCUCUGUCGCGUCGCCUUUCACAGCUCACCGCCACCCCAUUACCAUCUUUGCUUGUUCUGUGGGUGCACAGGAGUUGUGAAACAGAGAGCAGGGGGAGCGAGGCGUCGAAGGGGGAGAAGAACGAUGCUGGGUGGAAUUCUAGGUGGGAAAUUCUUCAACAAAUGCAAGCACUCGGCGAAGAACAUAAGGGCGAGGAUUGGGCCGAUACGAAGUAAGAAACAGGCCACGGUGCGGUGGCUCAAGAAGGACGUCGCCGACCUCAUCGCCGCCGGCCACGAAGAGAACGCGUACGGAAGGAUUGAUGCUCUCAUGGUUGAGAUAAACAACGCAUCGUGCUAUGACAUAAUAGAUCAGUGCUGCGAGUACGUCUUGAGCCAUCUUCCAGAUCUGCAGGAGCAGAGGGAAUGCCCUCAAGAAGCCAUGGAAGCAAUAGCAACUCUAAUUUUUGCUGCUGCGAGAUUUUCAGAUUUACCUGAGUUGUGUGAUCUCAGGCAUGUGUUUACAGACCGAUAUGGGAGUUCAUUGGGCCUAUCUAUAAAUGCUGAGUUCGUUGACAAAAUUCAAAAGAAGUCAUUUUCACGAGAAAUGAAGUUGCAGCUAAUGCAAAGGAUUGCUGAAGAGUUCUCUGUGAGAUGGGAUUGUAAAAGACUUGAGCACCAAUCAAGCAGCAAUGCUAAACCUGCACCUGCUAAACUGAGAAGAGCUACUACUGCUCCAGAUACUAGAAACAAGGAAGCAUCACCAGUUCAGGUGGCAAGGAAAGAACCAGUUCAGGCUGCAAGGAAAGAACCAGUUCAGGUUGGAACCAAAGAAGAGGUUCUAUCCCUGGAAAGACAUCGUUCAAAUCCUGCAAGUGUUGCACGAAAAGAGCCAAUAGAAGUGGAGCCGAAAGACAUUCAUGUUGUUUCAACAACCAAAAAUGGUACAGUCAGUGAUCAUGUGAACAAUGAGAGAUCAGACCCAUCCCAGAGCAGCAAUGCAGUUCCACCAUACAUUAAACCAAGAAGAAACAAUUAUGAAACCCGUAAAGAUGAUGGGUCUAAAGAUGGCCUUCGACCGACAAGGACUAUGCAAAAUGAGCCGGAGUUCAGUCUAGAGAAACGAGAAAUCAUCUCGUUGAAAUCUUCCAACGCAAAACUAGCUAGUGUAGCUCCUGCAGAAGUUGGUUCGGCAAAAUCUCAGAAUGCAAAACCAGUUAAUGUGGCUCCUGCAGAAGCUGGUUCAGGGAUAUCCCGGAACGCAAAGCCAGUUGAUGUGGCUUGUGAUACUAAAACAACUGAUGAUGGAUACUUUGUGCGCAAGAAGGAAGGUAGCAGCAUGGCUUCUCCAUUCCCUAAUUUGAAUGGUAUCAAAAAUGAUCACCAUGCAGAAGAAAAACAUCGCAAUCUCCCUGAGUAUGAUAGGUUGCCUACACAAGAAAGGUUAGACAAGCAUUCUAUCAGACCAACAAAAACAAAUGGUUAUGUGAUUCCACCUUAUGUCAAGCCAAAGAUCGAUAAUGCUCCAACUAUGAGUGAUACUUCCUCCGAGAGAGACCAACCAGCUCAAAACAUAUUUCCUUCCCUUAAUGACAAGGUUGAUGGUAGCAAGGAUACAGGCCAUUUGAGCAAUGGAGUUUCCUAUGUCGAGAAGCCCAGGCCAGUGUCUGUGAGGAGGAAAAUCCAGAAGCCACCCAGUGUAGACACUGACAAGGGUGUCGUCGAUCACAAUAAGCCCACAGAUAAUGCCCUGGGCGGCCAAAGAGACUAUGAAGGCCGGCAGAAGACUGAUAAAGAUGACAAGUAUUUUGAAGAAAAGAUCACAAUUAGAGAGUCAAAAGUACCAAUUGAUGAUGAGAUGGAAUGUGCAAUAGACUAUGGCAAUCUCUUGCCUCGCCCAUUAAAUGGACGGAGAAGACAUGGCAGUAGGCCUUCUGGUGCUAGCUACAACGAGGAAGAAAUAGCCAUGGAUAAGCUUUUGCGGCACUACUCAAGGAAGGGGACAGCUAAAACACCCAGCAGGGAAAGCAUGAGGACCGCAGCUCGUACAACCAGUAGUGUUGAUCAAGAUAGAGUUGAGUACCCUGGUACUGAUGAAACUUAUUCGACCUCAAGGAGGACAAUUGCUCCAUCGCAAAGAACCACUUCACUACCACCGGAACCAGUAAGCACACCUGAAACCAAGGCGCCUGUUCGGGCUACUUCAAUGCAGCCUGAUCUAUCGAAUCUCAAUGGUGGUCGAGUGCAUCCCAACAUGCCAGAUUACUCUCAGUUGGCUUCACGACUUGCUGCUUUAAGGAACACAUGAAAUGGUAAGCGCCAUGGUAUUGCUCUCACACCUACACCCAUGGGCACUCUCCUUAUUCUUUAGAAACACAAUUCCUACCACAUUUCAAUUGGUUCAUUUUCUAUAUGAACUUGUUUGUCUAAUAUACUGUAAUAGGUUUUUGUCCCUCUUUGUAUAUGAUAUUUCUUGAACUGUGUUUUCAUUUUUGUGAAACCAUGCUUCAGAUGAGUUGAAUACAAUGAACCAGCAUCCUUGCUGUCUUCCUCU